CCUCUACUUGGUUUGGCCCAGUGAUGUAAAGAGUAGCAUCACCAAUUGCACCUGAAUCGGGAAAAUCUGAAGGGAUCUUCUCCCUGACAGUUGUCCUGCUUUGUGGAUGUGAACAAAGAACAAACAUUUUCGCCAUGGCACCAUGGAUCAGAGAAUUUGUGCUGCUCCUUGGCUUUUUGGGAUUCGCGUUUGUCGUCAUGAUGUUGGUCUUCCAAUGGGACGCAUUACCAGAAGUGAGAGGAAAACAUCUCUCCAGUCAGCCCCAAAUAAUAACCACUGAGAGGAUCCCUGAGCAGCAGGAACUGAGAAAGAAGCUGCUAAGAGAAACGUGUGAUGGUGACCGAGAUGCCUUUACUGAGGGCAAGCACAGUUUAGAUGACUUGAGUGUAGAGGAGCUGGAUAACUUUAUUGUGGAUGACAAACAAUGCAUCGUCUACUGUUUCAUUCCCAAGGUGGCAUGUACCAACUGGAAGACGGUAAUGUUUGUCCUGAACCAGAGCAAGCCAUAUCCUGACCCCAAGUCCAUAAAUGUUGACUUGGUCCACGACAUCGACAAGCUCGUUUACCUGAACGCUUUCCCAAGAGAAGAGAUUGAGGCAAAGCUGAAAAACUACACCAAGUUCAUGUUUGUCCGGGACCCAUUCACCCGACUCAUCUCCGCCUACCGAGACAAGUUCCUGCAGUGGCACGAUGAGUACUACUAUCUAAACUUUUCCCGGGAAAUUCUGCGCCUGUACGGCAACCUGACUAAUCCACCACGGACGGUGAAAGAGGCGUCUGUAACGGAGUUACACCCCUCAUUUUACAACUUCAUUCAGUACUUGCUGGACCCGCGGACAGAGGAGAAGCAGCCCUUUGACCUUCACUGGAAGCAGAUGUACCGCCAGUGCCACCCCUGCCUCAUUCAGUAUGAUUUCCUUGGCCAUCAGGAGACUCUUCAACAGGACGCUCAACAGCUGCUGAGGAUGUUAAAGCUGGAGAACGACAUCAAGUUCCCUCCUUCCUAUGAAAACAUGACUUCCCCUUCUUCUGUGUCGGAGUGGUUCAGCACAGUGCCUCUAGAGGACAGGAGGAAGCUGUACCAGCUCUAUGAGAAGGACUUCAGGCUUUUUGGCUACAGAAGGCCUGGAGAAUUGCUUGAUGGUUGAGAU